AUGAAACGAGUAAGUCUAGAUCAACCGAGAAAUAUUUUUUUCACAAAUUCUGUCAAUGUUAAGACAGUUCUCAAGUCUUUAAGAAAAUCUCAUAAUAUUCUUCUUAACUUAAGACUCAUUAAUACAAAAGUUUCAGAAGAAACUUCCUUAUAUUUAUCAUGCAUGACAUUAAGAAGUGGAUGGAAUUCGUUCAAUCAUCUUUAUUUAUGUGUAAAAAAAUAUUUGCUGUUUGGUUUCAUAGGAAUUUAA